AAAGCGACGCACCGGAGGCUUGGUGGGCAUGAAUGAGCUAGAUCUCAUCUCAUCGCAGCUGUAGAAAGUGCAAAUGGUCUUUGUCAUUAUACACCACAUCUGUUGCCUGAUAUUUCCAAGAUUGGAUCUCAAAGGUAUCAAGCAACCUUUUCCAUCGAUAGCUGCCAUACUAAUAAGAUGACAGAACUAUGCUAUUAUGUCAGCCGGCGCAGAUAUCAACCUUCCCUGAACUCUGGAUUGCAAUCUGAAGAGUUCAGCUAUGGCGAUCGCUGCAGCAUCCAAUCCCUUGCAAGAGCUUCACAUCCGGCUGCAAGGUUCUACGGCAUGGAUGGAGGGUGUGCUUAAGGGAGCACAGCAGUCUGUGGAGAAGUUGGGGUACUUGUUACAUUCAGGUAGGGGCGAUUCGACGAACCAAAUUCGGUCUAUUCUUGGAGUGAAAGACUCGCCUGUAGCAGAAACUGCCGCAGCCAAGGUUGAACAAAGUUUUCAAGACAGACUAGAGAGACAGCUCGCUGCAUGGAGACGGAAUAGCUCUUGGGUCGAUGAGAUUCCAGUUCUGGAGGUGACGGUACCAAAAGGAGCUUUGUGCAAAUUUGAUUCACAUUUCGAACUUGGAAUACCUCCAGAUGCAGUAUACAACAUCCUCACUGAUCCCGGCAACAAACGUGUUUUCAAAAAUAUUGAGGAGGUUAAGUACCGCAAGGUGUUACAAGAUGAUGGUGACCACCAGCUCGUGGAAUUGGAGCAACUUGCGAGUUGGAGGUUUCUGUGGCUUUCUGGCACUCUGAGUGCCUGUGUUUUGGUGGAUCAGGAUAGGAGCACACAUAUGGUGAAAUACAAGCUUGCCAAAACAGGAUUCAUGAAAAGAUUUGAAGGGACCUGGAAAAUCGAGCCCCUGUUUCUUGAUGAUUCUGGCGCCCCUGUGCAAGUCCAUGAACGUGGAACAGAACGUGUUGCGUCUAUGGUCACCCUACAGCAGAUCUGGCAGCCAAUGAUAAUUCCACCACCGCCUUUCGGUGGCUAUGUACGCAACAUCUCCACAAAGACAACAACGGAUAUGAUUCAGGAACUGCAGGCUGAGGCAAAGCGGCUUCGUGAAGGAACACCAGAACCUGACAACAGCUUCAAAAGCCAAGAGUCGCCAAGACCCCAAAAAGCUGUGCUCUUUUCUGAGCAAUGGAAGCUCUCAAAGAAGUCUGCUCCUGGACGUCGGAGAUCGAGAAAAAGCCAAUGGCGUAUCAGGUCUGAAUGAGGCUUCUACUCUUAAAGACGCCAGCUUCUACGUAUCUUAGCUCACGUGCCGGGAAUUGCAGCUGCUAGUUUCUGCACCCGCAGGUGAACUCAUUUCAACUCUACACCACAGCGGCUUGAGAUUGGGAGCUGCUCCCGAUACUACCGAGAUUGCUUGAAGCUCGUGUGCUGUUCAGGUGCUGUGGAUUAGAGGCACGUUCACUUUGAAAGCACUCAUCACAAGUCGAGCUAUGGAAGAGCCACACACGAUGUGAAGCCUGUGUACCCGAAGAAGGUGAACGUGUAAAACAUUCAAACAUAGAGAGAGAACGAAAUAUAAAAAUUUAAACACUAGGUAGUCAAAAGAAGUUUGAACAUUGGUUACAGGAAAUCAUGAACAUUAGAUGUGUACUUCUCUAACCAGUCUCAAACUCUCAUUGAUUCUGAUUUGACGGAAAAGUUUCAAUUUGUAUCUCCUUUGUUUCAAUAUGUCUGACUAAUUUGUUGAUUGCUA